UAAAAAUUACAUCUCUUUAUACGACUUAUAACUGUGAAUACAUUUUAUCCAAAGUGAUGCUUAUAUGCAUGUAACACAUCUGCCUGUAUAGUAGAUGUUUGUUAAUAUAUUACGUAAAUAUCAGUUAUGACUGGAAAUUUAUUUUGUUUCAAACGAAACGUAUUGUUACAAAUUUUAAGGCAUUCAAGUAAGACUACAAAACAAACACCGGCUACGUAUUGUUCGGAAUUGGUUAGAAAAAAUGACUACGAAAAUUUUUUAUGCACAUUGUUGCUAUCACCUGAAAUUAGAGCAGCUGCAUUUGCAAUCCGUGCAUUCAACGUUGAAGUGGCUCAAGUAAAGGAUCAAGUGAGCAAUCAUAUGAUAGGAGAAAUGAGAUUAAAAUUUUGGAAUGAUGCAUUAAACAAUACGUACAAAGGAAACCCUCCACAAAGUCCUGUGAUGUUGGAAUUACAUAGGAUUUUGCAGAAGCAUUCUCUGUCGAAACACUACUUUAAGCGAUUGAUCGAUAUAAGACUUGAGAAGCUUCAUGAAUAUUUAUUUCAUGACAUCGCCGAGAUAGAACGAUAUGCAGAAUACAGUAAUUCUUCUAUUUACUAUCUUUUACUACAAGCGCAUGGUAUAAACGACAUGAAUGCUGACCAUGCUGCAAGUCAUCUAGGCAAGGCUCAUGGCAUUGUUAAUUUAGUUAGAUCAGUCCCAUAUAAUGCCAUGAAGAGAGUGAAUAUGUUGCCGCAGGAUAUAUUAAUGAAGCAUAGCGUGUCUACAGAGGCUGUAUUACAAGGUUCCUCAAGUAAAAAUCUUGAAAAUGUAAUAUACGAUGUAGCUUCUUGUGGAAAACUACAUUUAGAUGCUGCAAUUUCUCUUAAAAGUAAGGUAGAAAAAAAGGGGAAAACAAUCUUCUUACCAAUAAUUUGUUUGCAAAAAUAUUUCGAUGAAUUAAGAAAAGCAGAUUUUAAUAUCUUUGAUGCGAGAUUACAAAGAAAAGAUAACUUACUUCCCUUACAUUUGUACUGGAAAAGUUGGACAUUUAGCUGAAUCUAGAUUUUCAUUAAUUUUUAUGUAAAUUUACAUUGCAUUUAGAAUUAAAAUACUGUAACACGGA